AUGGGAACGGAGAUUUUGCGGCCACAGGAUAUCUUAAUUGAAAGGUUCAGAGUUCCGCCGUCGGCGUUCCAUCGCCGGAGAAGCAACUUUGGAAACGAAAAUGGCUAUUUUAAUCCUAGGAACAGAAAAUCGGUGGUCAGAACGGAGAAGAAGAAGCUGAAUAACCAACCUGAGCCGCCGUCGAUCACGAGGAGAUGCGCGAGCGCCGUGGAGUUGAGACAGGCUUACAACGACGGCCUAGAAAUGGGUCGGGUGACGAUUCUGAGGAGAGGCGAGUCUUUGAAUUCGCUGGUUCAACCGGAAAUGCUGCCCAAGCAUAUCCGGGUCGGGUUAUCAUCGGCUGACGUGUAUGCCGGUUCGGCAUUUUCAAAUUCGCCAUCGCCUAGAGCUCUUCCCUUGCCCUCAUUUUUCAACAAAAAGCAGGAAGAUUUCAAGUCCUUUGAUGACUCUGCCACUAGAGAUUUGAGGCGCUUGCUCCGACUUGAAUACUAG